AUGCCCCAUAACCCCCAUGCCCUCCACAACCACCCUCUCCCGGUGGCGCUAUUAUUGGCAUCCCCUUUUGUAGCAGCCAUCAAGGACCCUCACCUCACCACACUAGAGGACCUACUGAUGCGCCCGAGGCGACCUGCUACUGCAUAUGAUGUGACUUUUGAGUCGACUCAAAUGCGCCCCCUAAACCCCUCCAAGGUGGCGCCACUAGUAUCAUCAACCUCCGUAGCAGCCUUCAAGGACCCUCACCUGGUCGCCCCAGACGACCUGCUACUGCAUCUGGCCCGCAUUGCCCUCGCCUUGCACUCACGUGCCCCAUACCCCCCACACCACUCCCAGGUGGCGCCACUAGUGGCAUCCAACACCGUAGCAGCCUUUAAGGACCCUCACCUAGUCGCCCCAGACGACCUGCUGCUGCGUCUGGCCCGCCUUGCCCUCGCCUGCACGGCCAUGCCCACGGCGUCACGCCCCACCAUGGCGCAGGUAGUGGGGCAGCUGCAGGCCAUGCAGCAGGAGGUGGCGGGGCGGGAGGUGGACCGCGCUGCUGUGCGCAUCGACAGGGAGAUAGAGGGCGCUGCUGGCGCUGCUGACUUUGAUGCGGAGCUUGCACGUGCGAUGCAUGUGGGUGGUGGUGGUACCAGCAGCUCGUGA